CUGGAGCUGUCCUCGCCCUUUCUGGCCGCCGCCUCUUCCCCGCGCUGCGCAGGGCUUCUCCUUUAGGCGCCGCGGGACCUGAGCGUCGGCUUUCCAGGCACAGGUCUCCCAGAGGACAAGGAAGAUGGAAGAAUCUGCCGACCAGCUGCAGCCGCUGACUGAGAGUCAGGUAGCCAACUCCGAGGGCGGCUAUGUAUGGCAGGUCACAGACAUGAACCGGCUGCACCGCUUCUUGUGUUUCGGUUCUGAAGGUGGCACCUACUACAUCCAAGAACAGAAGCUGGGUCUUGAAAAUGCCGAAGCCUUAGUCAGACUGAUUGAAGAUGGCAGAGGAGGCGAAGUGAUACAGGAAAUCAAGUCCUUUAGUCAGGAAGGCAGGACUGCCAAACAAGAGCCUUUGCUGUUUGCCCUUGCCAUCUGUUCCCAGUGUUCGGACAUAAAGACAAAGCAGGCAGCCUUUAAAGCUGUGCCUGAGGUCUGUCGCAUUCCAACCCACCUCUUCACCUUCAUCCAGUUCAAGAAGGACCUGAAGGAGAGCAUGAGGUGCGGCAUGUGGGGUCGUGCUCUCCGGAAGGCCGUGGCAGACUGGUACAAUGAGAAGGAUGGCAUGGCCAUUGCUCUGGCCGUUACGAAGUAUAAGCAGAGAAACGGCUGGUCUCACAAAGACCUCUUAAGACUGUCACAUCUUAAACCUUCCAGCGAAGGACUUGCUAUUGUGACCAAAUAUAUUACAAAGGGCUGGAAAGAGGUCCAUGAACUGUAUAAAGAAAAAGCACUUUCUGUGGAGACUGAAAAACUGUUAAAGUAUCUGGAGGCUGUGGAGAAAGUGAAGCGUACAAAAGAUGAGCUGGAAGUCAUUCAUCUAAUUGAAGAACACCAGUUAGUCAGGGAACAUCUGCUCACAAAUCACUUGAAGUCUAAAGAGGUAUGGAAGGCUUUGUUACAAGAAAUGCCGCUGACUGCACUGCUGAGGAACCUGGGAAAGAUGACUGCUAAUUCAGUGCUUGAACCAGGAAACUCUGAAGUCGCUCUAGUGUGUGAAAAGCUGUGCAAUGAAAAACUGCUCAAAAAGGCUCGUAUACAUCCAUUUCAUGUUCUAAUUGCAUUAGAAACCUACAGAACAGGCCAUGGGCUCAGAGGAAAACUGAAGUGGACUCCAGAUAAAGAAAUUUUGCAAGCAUUAGAUGCUGCAUUUUAUAAAACAUUUAAGACGGUCGAGCCGACUGGGAAGCGUUUCUUGCUAGCUGUUGAUGUCAGUGCGUCUAUGAACCAGAGAGUUCUGGGUAGUAUACUCAAUGCUAGUACUGUUGCUGCAGCAAUGUGCAUGGUGGUCACGCGAACAGAAAAAGAGUCUUCAGUGGUUGCUUUUGCAUGUGAUAUGGUACCGUUUCCUGUGACUACAGACAUGACCUUACAGCAGGUUUUAACGGCUAUGAAUAAAGUCCCAGCUGGUAGCACCGAUUGCUCUCUUCCAAUGAUCUGGGCCCAGAAGACAAACACAGCUGCUGAUGUCUUCAUUGUAUUCACCGAUAAUGAGACCUUUGCCGGACAGGUGCAUCCUGCUGUUGCCCUGAGGGAGUACCGACAGAAAAUGGAUAUUCCUGCUAAGUUGAUUGUUUGUGGGAUGACAUCAAAUGGUUUUACCAUCGCAGACCCUGAUGAUAGAGGCAUGUUGGAUAUGUGCGGCUUUGAUACUUCAGCUCUGGAUGUAAUUCGAAAUUUCACAUUGGAUAUAAUUUAACCCUAAGUACCAGAAUGACCUGAGGGGUCCACUGCUGCAGUGGACUUCACUGAAAAGUCACAGCUACUUCCCAGCUAACUGCAGCAGUGAGAAGUGUCAACAGUGUGUGCGUGGUGGAAAUGGACUUUGCCAAGAACAGGAAACGAGGGAAGGAAGGAAAAACAUGUCGAGCCCAAAGGUGCAUGUACUCAGCUAGCUCUUGAGAAGUCUUCAGGACACUGUAGCUUUCUCUAUAGCGAACCUCUUUUUGAUAGAAACUGUAAAAUAGUCACGUUUUACUCUGGGGAAUCACAUUUGUACUUAACGCAGGGGACAUCCUAAAGUGUAAGUAGCCUCCCACGUCACUUUUUGAGAAGUGCUUGUUUUCUUAAAUGUUUUCAUUGGAAAAGGACAGUUUUGAUAAUGUCCAAAUACUCUGAAGUGCACUAGACCAUGUGACUGUGAUGAAAGUGGACCUCACGAAGUAAACCUUUAUACCAGGGGUUUAAAAAAAAAUACAAAGACACUUGGUAAAGCUAAA